AUGGACACGAUGAACUCAGAGCAAAGCCAAAAUAGCAUUGUUUCAAGGAUCAAAGCAUUUGAGGGUCAGACAAACGCAGAAACCCCGGGACCGCCCAAGAAACCAGAGAUCAUCCCCCGCACACUGCCCCCAAAGCCUGCUGUUUCCUCAGGGAAACCUUCUGUGGCUCCCAAACCAGCGGCUAACAGAGCUUCUGGAGAAUGGGAUGCUUGGGCUGAAAACAGACUCAAGGUGACCUCCAGGGAAGGGCUCACCCUGUUCUCUUCACCUCCAGAACCAGGCAGUGUGCCAGUAACCAAACCCAAAUUGCCAAAGAAACCAACUCCUGGCCUUACCCGAAGUGCUAACCACGAGAUUCCGGGAGGAGGGCCCAUGGCCGACAGCCCUGAUGCUGGGAAGAAAGUCCCCACUCCUGCCCCUCGGCCCUUGCCCACGAAGAAAUCGGUUUCCUCAGAAAACCCCAGCUGCCCUUCGGCUCCAACGAAAUCAGCCCCUGUUCCUCCCCGGCUCUCAGUGGCAUCACAAGCCAAAGCAUUCAGGUCACUGGGAGAAGGGCCAGCGGCCAAACCCCCAGUUCCAGCUCUGCAAAGCAAGUCCCUGGGGGACAUUGACCUCAUCAGCUUUGAUGAUGAUGUUUUGCCCACCUCCCCUGGGAGCCCGGCUGAAGAAUCCCUCAGUUCAGAGCUGCUUCUAGGUUUACAUGAGGAUCCGCAAAGCCCACUUCCACUCCCAGCUGAAAAACCUAUUGGAAACACGUACAGCACAGUACCUGGAAAACCCAGUAAUACUGACAGAUCUAGAAACUUGGAAUCCAACCAAGCUGGUGAGACCGGAGGUUUUGUGCGAGGACCCCCAAGGUUGCCACCAAGACCCAUUAAUGGAAAACCUACUCCAGCUAGAUGGCCUCCUCCAAAGGAGCCCCCCGAGAGGCCACCUCCUCCAAAACUUCCUGCAACCCGAACAUCAAAUAAAAAACUGCCUUUUAGUCGGUCCUCUUCUGACAUGGAUCUUCAGAAAAAACAAAGUCACUUGGCAUCUGGGCUCUCAAAAGCCAAGAGUCAUAUCUUUAAAAGUCAAGAUCCGGUGCUACCCCCUCGUCCCAAACCAGGACAUCCUCUGUACAGAAAAUACAUGCUGUCUGUGCCUCAUGGAAUUGCCAAUGAAGACAUUGUCCCACAAAACCCUGGAGAACUCUCUCAUAAGGAUCCAAGCCCUGCUCAGAAACCUGUGGACAGUAGUGCUCCUCACGCUGUUGUUCUUCAUGAUUUUGCAGCAGAGCAAGAUGACGAUUUGAAUCUCACAUCUGGAGAAAUUAUUUAUCUUCUUGAAAAAAUAGACACAGAUUGGUACAGAGGGAAAUGCAGAAGCCAGACUGGUGUAUUUCCUGCCAACUAUGUCAAAGUAAUCAUUGAUAUUCCAGAAGGAGAAAAUGGGAAAAGAGAAUCUGUUUCAUCUCAUUAUGUUAAAAAUACAAGAUGUGUUGCUCGGUUUGAAUAUAUUGGAGACCAGAAGGAUGAGUUAAGUUUCUCAGAGGGAGAAAUGAUUAUUCUUAAAGAGUACAUGAAUGAGGAAUGGGCAAGAGGAGAGCUUCAAGACAGAACUGGGAUCUUCCCCCUUAACUUCGUGGAACUUGUUGAGGAUUAUUCCACCUCUGGUGCAAAUGUUUUAAGAACAAAGAUACCACCAAAGACCAAAAACGAAGAUUCUGGCUCACAUUCUCAGGACAACAGCCUUUCUGGAGAAUGGUGCAAAGCUCUCCACAGUUUUACAGCAGAAACCAGUGAGGACUUAUCCUUCAAGAGGGGGGACUGGAUCCUGAUCCUCGAGCGUCUGGACUCCGACUGGUAUCGGGGCAGACUGCACGACAGAGAGGGGAUCUUCCCAGCAGUUUUUGUGCAGCCCUGUCCAGCUGAGGCAAAAAGUAUGUCUGCCAUAUCACUGAAGGGGAGAAAGGCCAAAGCCUUGUAUGAUUUCCAGGGGGAGAAUGAAGACGAGCUCUCCUUCAAGGCUGGGGAUAUAAUAACAGAGCUGGAAUCUGUAGAUGACGACUGGAUGAGUGGAGAACUAAUGGGAAAAUCUGGAAUAUUUCCCAAAAACUAUGUUCACAUUCUACAAGUCAGCUAA